AUGUCACCGGAACAAAAAAACACAAUAUGUGUGAAAAUACCUAUAGUAGAAAGCAACGACGAAGGUGACAAUACCACGAAUGUUGAUGAUGAUGAAGAUAACGAUUCGAUAGAUGAUAAUGAAACAAUAGAUGAUGAACCAGCUCGCCGCAUAGAACAACAAAAUUAUAUUAUUGUGGAUCAUAAUGUUCGAAAUGAUGAUCCAACAACAUGUUUCGAUAUUUCUCUAGCAUUACCCCUAGACGUCGAUUCUUAUAUAAGCAUCAGUUAA